AUGGUUUCUGAAACUGGCCCUAAAACCAAACCGUUUUGGCGCACUCUAGUGCAGAAUAGUAAAGCCAAUAAUGUGGCCCUACUGUGCAUUUGCCUUCUAGGUAGAGGCGCAACAACUAGGAUCGACCGCCAAAUUGAUGACACCAGCCUUUUGUUGAUGGUACAACGGUCAAGAGUGCCGGGUGAACGACUGCAUUUGGAUAGGGCUAGCGUGGUGCAUUUUAUUAAGCUGCUCUCCCACUUUGCUCCCGCUGCUCAGGUGAUGCCCAGUGAACAAGUCCUUGAGCUUAUAUAA